AUGCCCCGAAGACCCAAGUGUGGAGCCCUUUCUUCAUUGUAUACCCGUAAGGCUCAUGUGUGGAGUUCCUCCUUGAUUGUAUUCCCUCUUCUUACUCUGUCACUUUUUUUUCUUUGCUUCUCUUUUCUUUCCUUCUCUUUUCUUUUCUUUCUCUUUUCUUUCCUUCUCCUUUCUUUGCUUCUCUUUUCUUUCGUUCACUUUCCUUUUCUUUCCUUAUCUUUUCUUUCCUUCACUUUUCUUUGCUUCUCUUUUCUUUCCUUCUCUUUUCUUUUCUUUCCUUAUCUUUGCUUCUCUUUUCUUUCCUUCUCCUUUCUUUUUUCUUUUCCCGGAGGAGAAACUGCUUUCUUCUUUUCUUUCCUUCUCUUUUCUUUGUUUCUCUUUUUCUUUUUCCUGUUCUUUUUCUUUCCUUCUCUUUUUUUUUUUUCUCUUUUCUUUCCUUCUCUUUUUUCUUUUCCCUCUCUUUUCUUUCCUCUUCUUCCUUUCUUUUCUUUCCUUCCUUUUCUUUGCUUCUCUUUUCUUUUCACUUCUUCUCCUUUUUUUUUCUUACCUUUUCUUUUUCUUUUCUUUCCUUUUUCUCUUCUCUUUUCUUUGGAUAUGGUUUUGAUUGAGGAAUCUUCUCUUUUCUUUUUCUUUCCCUUACCUUUUCUUUCGUUCACUUUUCUUUUCUUUCCUUCUCUUUUCUUUCCUUCACUUUUCUUUGCUUCUCUUCUCUUUCCUUCUCUUUUCUUUCAUUCUCUUUUUCUUUCCUUCUCUUUUCUUUCCUUCUCUUCUCUUUUCUUUCCUGCUCUUUUCUUUCCUUCUCUUUUCUUUCCUUCUCUUUUCUUUCCUUCUCUUUUCUUUCCUUCUCUUUUCUCCCUUCUCUUCGUUCUCUCUUAA